AUGCAGAAUAUAGCAAAAUUUUCUUUUGCAGAUGUUCUUUUAGUAGCCUCGAUACUGUUUCUGGUAAUUUUACUAGAGUUGGAUGAUAAAGAUAGGGCAUUACAGAGGACUAAAGUUCAAACACUUCAUAAUCUACCAUCAUUCAAACCACCAGAAGUGUAUUACUCGCCAGUCAACGUUCUUUGUGUUUCGUUUCAAGGUCGCCUUGGCAACCUAAUGUUUCAAUAUGCAUCUGGUUUUGGAAUAGCGAGACAAAAAAAUAUGACACUACGCAUCAGUAAACAUGAUCAAAUAGCAAAAGUUUUUAACACAUCUGCACAGAAAGUUCAUUGUAAAGAAUACUGUCAAAAUGCAUUUAAAAAGUUUGAAAGUAUUCACUGUGCAUAUGAUCCUCAACUGUUAAAUUUCACGCAAAUAUUUGUAAAACUGCAUACGUAUCUUCAAUCAUGGAAGUAUUUUAAAUCCGUCACAAACAGUCUUAGACAAGAACUGAAAUUUAAUGACCAUAUAAGGGCCACUGCAGAAAAGAUUUUUCACAUUGCAACGAAAAAGGCAAAAUUCUACGGACAAAAUUCAACAUACGUUGGUGUGCAUAUAAGGAGAGGCGAUAUGUUUUAUGGACAGAUUAAAAAUGAAAGUCGAAUAUCUGAUUAUAAUAUUGCUCCCAUUACCUACAUAGAGAAUGCGAUGGCAUAUUUCAAGAAGCGUUUUCCGAGAGUUACAUUUGUAAUUUGCUCAGACGAUAUAAGAUGGGUGCUAUGGCGUUUUGGAAGGUAUCAAAAACUGUUAAAUUUAGUAUUUGUUCAUAAGAAACCAGAGGUGGAUCUUGCUGUUUUGAGCAUGUGCAAUCAUACCAUUAUGACCACCGGAACAUUCGGCUGGUGGGCGAGCUGGCUGGCAGGGGGGACAACUGUUUACUACAAAAACUAUGUGAAGGAAGACAGUGUUCUUCGUCAGCAGUUCAGUUCCGACUUUUCAGAUUUUUUUUAUCCUGGAUGGAUUCCCAUGGAAUAGUGAUAAAAAUUUCUUGCCUUUACCAAUUCUCGAAGAAAUUAUUAUACCUACAGAAACAUCAUUUACA